GAUGGAGGAACGCCGCGCCGGGGCCGUGCGCUCGCCCGCCUGGCUUUUGUUCCGCGUGUCUGACUUCUCCUGACGGGCUCGGGCGGAGUGGACCGGGAGGGCGCCGCGCCGCGCUCGCACCGACCGGGGCGGCCGUCGAGGGCCCCUUCGGGCCGCACGGAUCGCGCGACUCCCAGCCGCAGGGCUCAGGCGAGGAGGACAGUGCCUCCGCUUCUCACCGCAGGUUGGGGAGGGGCGCGCGCCCCUGUGGCCGUCCGCAGCCAGACCGGAGCCGGAGCCGGAGCAGGGCUCCCCUGCGGGCGCCGGAGGGACGAUGCGGCUACGUGCCCUGGCUGCGGGGCCGCGGGGAAUGUUCGCUCCGGAGCCCCGGCGGCGGCGGCAGCGGCGCCAGCCAGAAGAAUUAACUGCCAGUCCGCACAGUUUUAAGAACAAGGCCUUUAAAAAGUCCAAAGUCUGCGGAGUUUGCAAACAAAUUAUCGACGGUCAAGGUAUUUCAUGCCGAGUCUGCAACUAUUGCUGCCACAAGAAAUGUGAAGCCAAGGUGGGGAUCCCCUGCUGUGUGCAAGUCCAGGUAGAGCAGGUGCCAGGACGCCACCACUUACGAACCCCACCUAUCUGCUGUGAUAAAUCAUUGCAGCCUGCUGUCCUGAGCCCCACCAUGGAGGACGGCUACGAGCUCGACCUGACUUAUAUCACGGAGCGCAUCAUCGCUGUCUCCUUCCCUGCCAGCUGCUCAGAGGAGUCCUACCUCCACAACCUGGAGGAGGUCACACGCAUGCUCAAGUCCAAGCAUGGGGACAACUAUUUGGUAUUAAACCUUUCUGAAAAGAGAUAUGACCUGACAAAACUUAACCCAAAGAUCAUGGAUGUGGGCUGGCCAGACCUGCACGCCCCGCCCCUUGAUAAAAUGUGCACUGUCUGCAAGGCUCAGGAGUCCUGGCUGAACAGCGACCCCCAGCACGUGGUGGUCGUCCACUGCCGGGGCGGGAAAGGACGCAUCGGAGUGGUCAUCUCAUCCUACAUGCACUUCACCAACGUUUCGGCCAGUGCUGACCAGGCCCUCGACAGAUUCGCAAUGAAGAAAUUUUAUGAUGAUAAAGUUUCAGCUUUAAUGCAACCAUCCCAGAAACGGUAUGUCCAGUUUCUCAGCGGUCUUCUGUCGGGGUCGGUGAAAAUGAAUGCCUCACCUCUCUUUCUGCAUUUUGUCAUCCUACAUGGAAUCCCCAACUUUGAUACAGGAGGAGUGUGCCGGCCCUUUCUGAAGCUCUACCAAGCCAUGCAGCCCGUGUACACCUCGGGGAUCUACAAUGUUGGCCCAGAGAACCAAAGCAGGAUCUGCAUUGCCGUAGAACCAGCCCAGCUGCUGAAGGGGGACAUCAUGGUGAAGUGCUAUCACAAGAAAUACGGCGCGGCCACCCGCGAUGUCAUCUUCCGCCUGCAGUUUCACACGGGCGCCGUUCAGGGCUACGGGCUUGUAUUUGGAAAGGAGGAUCUGGAUGACGCCAGCCAAGAUGACCGUUUUCCUGAUUAUGGGAAGAUCGAGUUAGUCUUCUCAGCCACCCCUGAGAGGAUCCAAGGGUCUGAACACUUCCACAACGGUCACGGAGUGAUUGUCGACUACAACACCGCAGACCCGCUGAUCCGCUGGGACUCCUAUGAGAACCUGAGUGCAGAUGGAGAAGUGCUGCACACGCAGGGCCCGGUGGACGGCAGCCUCUACGCCAAGGUGCGGAAGAAGAGCGCCUCGGAUUCCGGCGUCCCGGGCGGUCCCCAGGCCGUCCUGACCACCAGCAGCCCCCACCACAGCGACCACACCCUGUCGGUCAGCAGCGACUCGGGCCACUCCACCACCUCCGCCAGGACCGACAGGACCGAGGAGCGGCUGCCCCCUGGGGCCAGGCGGGGCCUGAGCCCCCAGGAGAAGGCCGAACUGGAUCAGCUCCUCAGCGGCUUUGGCCUCGAGGACUCCAGGGUGUCCCUCAAGGAUAUGACGGAUGCUCCCGGCAAGUACAGCGGGACCCGCCACAUCGUGCCGGCCCAGGUCCACGUGAACGGGGACGCCAAGCUGAAAGACCGCGAGACGGACAUCCUGGACGACGAGAUGCCCCACCACGACCUGCACAGCACCGACAGCCUGGGGACCCUGUCCUCCUCGGAGGGGCCCGCGGCCCACCUGGGCGCCUUCCAGGGCCAUCAGAGCAGCCAGAACUCCCUCCUGUCUGACGGUUUCGGCAGCAACGUUGGUGAGGACCAGCACAGCACCCUGGCCCCCGACCUGGGCAUGGGCACCGAUCCCCUUUAUGAGCGGUCUUUCGGAAACCGUGAGCCCAAGCCGGCCCCGGCUCUGCUGCGGAAGCCGCCGGUGUCCGCCGAGACGCAGACCUACGGGCAGAGCGGCUGUCUCACGCAGACCUGGGUGCGCCAACAGCAGAUGGUGGCAGCUCAUCAGUACAGUUUCGCGCCGGAUGGUGAGGCCAAGCUGACCGGCUGUGGCUCGCCGGAAAGCACCAGACUUGUUGCGGCACAGCCCCGUGUCCCCGUCACCCCCACCCGAGGGGCCAGCAGCAGAGUGGCCGUCCAGCGGGGCAUAGGCGGGGGGCCAGAUGCCCCAGCCCCCCAGCAGCCCCCUCCCAGCCAAGACUUCAAGCCCAGAUUUCCAGACACAAAGGUCAUGAACGGUGUUGACCUGGAGCCAAAUGCCACUCUCUCCCCGGGCUCCCCAACCCUGGAUAUUGACCAGUCCAUCGAGCAGCUCAACAGGCUGAUCUUGGAGCUAGACCCAACCUUCGAGCCCAUCCCAACACACAUGAACCUUCUGGGUGGACAGGCCAACGGCUCUGCGUCCCCGGACAGGCUGGGUGGUGGGCUCCGGGGCAGCAGCCGGCUGAAGGACACAGGGGACACCGCCACCAGGGUUCCCGGGAGGCAAGGCCCUGUAAGCGAGGACCCACUGGGCGGAAGACUCCGGAAGUUGAGCCUUGGACAGUAUGACAAUGAUGCUGGUGGGCAGCCGCCCUUCUCCAAAUGUGGAUGGGGGAAGACCACCCACGUGGACCAAGCCCCACAUCUGUCGUCUUUUCUCACUUCGGCAGACACCAAAGAGACAGCGAUCACCAGUUACCCCGCAGGCAUCGAUGUCAUCAAUGGCAGAAUCUUCUCUCCAACCAAAAAUAGCAACGAGUCCAUCCCUCCGACACCUGCAUUUCCAGUGUCACCAGAAACCCCAUAUGUGAAAACGCCGCCGCAUCAUCCUCACUUCAGUUCAUCAGAGCUGCCGAUAAGCCACCCAGCUGGCCUGUACAAAGGAGAACCUGAACCACGUGGCUGCUCUGAGAUCCGGAACCAUUCCGUAGGGAUGUCAGAGAGCCCUACUGGAUCCAAGUCUGCCAUGCUUCGGGCCGACAUGCCAACCACGCCUGCCUUUCAACAGGCUUUUACGUCUGCCUGCACCAUUGCAAGUAACAGCCCUGCCCAGAGGAGAGAGAGCACUGCAGAACACCAGUGGUUAGAGACCAGCCCUAAGUCCGCUGUCAUUAUGCUGGGAAGCAGCCGGCCCACGGGGAGUGUCCUUGGCACCUCGGAGUUUUCCGGCCCCGUCAAAGACUCGCCCAUGCUGUCCCACUUCCCGCCUCCAGAGCUCCAGGUCGCCUUCAACAGCCAUGAGCACACGCUGGCAGAGCCGCCAGGCGCUCUGGCCACACCGAGCGGCCAGGCCUUCCUGAGCUUCAGUGGUCCUGCAGUGGGCAGUGGUCUGCUGCCUGGGGCAGACCCAGGGGCCCUGCUGGCUGGUUCCCACGGAGCAUCCGCCACCCCCAGUGCCCCGCUGACAGCAGCAGGGGCUGCCGACAAUGGCUUCCUGUCCCACAGCUUUCUCACAGUGGCAGCUGGACACAGCGGGCAGCACGGCCCCAGCCUGCAGGGCCCCGGGGUGACCCUCCCCGGGCAGCCACCCCUUCCUGAGAAGAAGCGAGCCUCAGAGGGAGACCGUUCAUUUGGCUCCGUCUCCCCGUCCUCCAGCGGCUUCUCCAGCCCCCACAGUGGGAGCACCAUCAGCAUCCCUUUCCCCAACGUCCUUCCAGAAUUUUCCAAGGCUUCAGAAGCAGCCUCACCUUUGCCAGAUAAUCCAGGUGAAAAACACGUGACAGUGAAAUUUGUUCAAGACACAUCCAAGUUCUGGUACAAGCCAGAUAUUUCGAGAGAACAAGCCAUCGCCAUGUUGAAGGACAAGGAGCCCGGAUCCUUCAUCAUCAGGGACAGCCAUUCUUUCCGCGGCGCGUACGGUCUGGCUCUGAAGGUGACCACACCCCCGCCUUCCGUCUUGCAGCUGAACAAGAAAGCUGGAGAUUUGGCCAAUGAGCUCGUCCGGCAUUUUUUAAUCGAGUGUACCCCCAAGGGCGUGCGAUUGAAAGGGUGCCCGAAUGAGCCGUAUUUCGGGAGCCUGACGGCGUUGGUGUAUCAGCACUCCAUCACUGCCUUGGCUUUGCCCUGCAAGUUGCUCAUCCCAGACAGAGAUCCGUUGGAGGAAAUAGCAGAAACGUCUCCCCAGACAGCCGCCAAUUCUGCAGCCGAGCUGCUGAAGCAGGGGGCAGCCUGCAACGUGUGGUACUUGAACUCGGUGGAGAUGGAGUCCCUCACAGGCCACCAGGCCGUGCAGAAGGCCCUGAGCCUCACUUUGGUCCAGGAGCCCCCACCCAUCUCCACCGUGGUCCACUUUAAGGUGUCCACCCAAGGCAUCACCCUGACUGACAAUCAGAGGAAGCUCUUUUUCCGCAGGCACUACCCCGUAAACAGCGUGAUUUUCUGUGCUUUGGAUCCACAAGACCGGAAGUGGAUCAAAGAUGGCCCUUCUUCAAAGGUCUUUGGGUUUGUGGCCCGAAAGCAGGGCAGCACCACAGACAAUGUGUGUCACCUGUUUGCGGAGCAUGACCCCGAGCAGCCUGCCAGCGCCAUUGUGAACUUUGUGUCAAAAGUCAUGAUUGGCUCCCCAAGGAAGGUCUGAGUCGCCCUCAUACCCCAAGCCCUCAGGAAGACUUCCACGGACCUUGGGAGGUCAGUGGGAUGAGGACAGGGCCACCACCUUUGUAGCAAACUGGUGAAACCUGGGAAUUCCCGGCCCAAGAGGGAAAGGAGGAGCUUCCAACUUUACAAAGACAAGAACAAAACACCUCACCAUUUUCUGGCCUUUUCCAAAAGAAGCCUUGUAUCAGACACAUUUCUACAGCCAAGUGCUCUUUGGGUAAAAGACCAUGGGUACAGGGUCCAUGCUCAAAAGAUCUGUGCAAGGAGAUGCCACAGAAAGAACGAGUGGGCUGUCCCCUCUUCCUUGUCCACCAGCAUUGCCUGGAGAAGGAGGAGUGGCUGGCUCGCUCCGUAGAGACCUGUGUGACCAGCCAUGCCAUGCCACCUGCAGAAACAUCUCCAGCCAAUGCCGCCAAACCCAGCGGUCUCUCUCACCUUCGUCUUUCCCAUGCUGGAGAUGUGGGAAACCUAGAAGGGGAUGCAUGUUUGAUGGAGGUCAGUGCAAGUCCAGAGCUUCUGGGACAUUGGAGGGACGUGAACGCAGUGACGAUGUGAUAUGCUAAAUGAGCUGAUUGAAGCCUCUGGAAAGAACACUGUGAUGUUAUAAAACCCAAACUCCACAUGUGGUGAGGACCCUCACGCUCAUGUGAAAGGGUCUUGAAUGAUGAACUGAACCAGAGAGAAACCUGUAUGGCCAAGACAGGAUAAAAUGAGAAGAUGGAAGUAAAAUGCCAUUGCUAUAUAAUUUAUAGUUUACCUAUGCCAAAUUAUUUAUGACAGAAUUUUGCCAUUGCUCUACUGUACAAGUACCCAAAUGCUGCAGCCUGUCAAGCUUUGAUUUCAGGAGGAUUGUCACCGUGGAGGAUGUCCUGCAGCUGCCUUGCCACACAAAAUAGAGGGGGGCAAUGGACCAAGGGGGAGGCUCAGUCUCUAAUGAGCUAUGUUACCAAAAGGCUGUUUUGCUUCAAAUAGCCUACCCUAGUCCUUUAAUCGUUGACAGGUCUUUUUGACAUUGACACUGACAGAUUCAUGGAUGACAUCCUUUCUGAUGGUAAAAGUCCAGAAGGGGUCAGAAACGACUAGGUUUGGACUCAGCAUCCCUUAGCAUCUGCCUGUCAUUUGUCAUAUUAAGGCCUGACAUACCAUUGCAUAAAGUACCUCUGACCUUCAGAAGCUCACAUCUGAGUCUUUCUCACAGGCUUCACCUUGCCACAUGCAUUUGUGUUGGGAUCCUGUGUCUGUGGUGUCCUUGAACAGAAGGAAGGAAGGGAUGCAGAGGUGCAAGAGAACAAUUCUCAAUACUUGGAACUAUUUCUGCUACUUUCCCAUAUCGUCUUAGCUCCCAAAUCAUUGAAUAUUCCAAUGCAAUGGGUUUCCCACCCAAAUCUGUCCGUGGCCACAGGUUCACAUGAAGCUGAUGAUCCUGGAACUUCUUCAUAGUGGGAGAUGGGGCUGGCCAAAGUCCUGGUAAAGGCAUCAUCUCCUUCCCCUUAUAAUCCGGUGUGCUUGUCAUAUGGGCGACCGUGCAGAGUGCAAUCCAUUGUGCAUUUCCCAUUCUCUGCUUUCAAACUCCAGCAUUUAGAUCACACAGGUCUCACAAGCAAUUCUUGCCCAGCUAGGGUUUGAAAUUCUGCUUGGUGAAUUCUCUGUUUUAAAAUGAGGGGCAGAGAAAGAGUUAGCGACGAGCUGGAUUGCAGUGGGUAUUGUACAUAUGUGUGUAUAUAUACAAAAGCAGGUGGGUGGUUCCACCUUUUAGCUCCUGUUGAUGCACCAAAGGCAGCUGCCUCGUUUCUGUGCCAAAUGUUUGCCCUGGUCUUCACGGGCCUCCUUCCCGGAUACCUGUUGGCCUCUGCUGGCAUUUCCUACGGUCCGUGAUGUCUUUCGCGGAGGCAUCUAGCAUUUCAGUGCAGCACCCACUGCAGACGCUGGUCAAAAGGGAGGAGGGGUCUGUGCUCUCACCAAGUGGUCACCUCAUAUUGAUGGUUGAAACCCAAGUUUGUCCCAAAGACCACAGGUCAGAUCCCUUAUCCUUCUAAUGAAGCCCAAGAGGGAUUGUUUAGAAAUUUGAGUGAGACAGGGGUGCGAUACAGAAAAGCAUAAGCUACCAGUGCAUUAGGGAGAUGCCAGGGCUUCCCACAGCCGUCCUUGUGCAGAGCAUUCAAGACACCACACAAAUGUGCUCCAUUGACUGACCAGGUGUGAUUUCUGCUCACAGCAGUCAAGAGCAUCAGGGAAGUAACUCCGAGAAAUGAGCUCCCUCUUAGGAGCCAAAAGAAACCAGUUUGUGUGGUUUCUGAUGAGCUAGUCCACCAGCUGCCUUUCCUGGUGGAUUAGCAUGUGCAUUAAAAGAGAACAAGGUGACUCCAGUUAGUCACCACCCAUGCAUUGUACCUAGAAACCAGGAGCAAGCCACGGCCACCCAGUGGGGUUCUGCACCCCUGGAAAAAGGGGUGUCCCCAGGCAGCUUGCCUCUCGAUCUGGUUGGGCACAAAUGGACUGUCCCGGACAGAAAAUGCUGAUAAGUUGACAAUAACUAUUUGCAACAAAUAUUAUAUCCAGGGUCCUUUUAACCUACUCAUUCAAUGUAUUGUUGUAAUACUCCAGUGUUAAACUCUAACCAUGUUAAAAAGUCACACUGCAUUAAAGGGUUUCCGUGCGUUGCCUCAACGUCAAAGACCUUGUAAUGUCUCCUUCUCUGCCUUACUUUUUAGUGAAUAUUUUUACCUUUUCUGAUACUGUAAAGAAUAUAUCUGGUAUGUAAAUGAAUGUUCUAUAAAUCCUUUGUAUAGUUGUUUUCUCUGCUCUUUAAAUAUCAUCUCUAUUCAGAGUAUAAUAAAAUUAUGAGCUUGUAA